AUUCAUUCAGAUGGUUUGAUACGUUUAACAGUAUAUUAAGUGUUUUGUAAUUUCUUGUAAUUUUUGUACCUGUUUUACUUAUUUUCACCUUGUAUUUAAUUUGCAAAUUCAAUCUCUAAAUACAUAAUUUACAAUAAUGAAGCAAUUGUUAUUAGUGUUUGUAUUUUUGGCGAUUAUAUUAAGGAGCGAAUCAGCUAGAAUUUUGGCUGUCUUAGUGCUACCAUCAAGAAGCCACCAGAGAAUAUUUCAUACUUUAACGACAGAGUUAGUGGAUCGAGGGCAUCAACUAGUUGUCAUCACACCUAAUCCUAUGUUCCAAAAAGGGGAAGCACCGAAAAAUUUGACAGAAAUCGGUGCAAUAAACAAAUUGGAUAAAGUAUGGACCAAGAUGCCAGUCCCUGCAGGUAUAUCCGGAGAAACUGAUAGAAAGUUUGCCGCAAAAAGCGCAAUAGAGAAAUUAAGCAACUUAUUUUACGAAUGUUUGGGAACAGAAGAUGUGAGAAAAAUUAUCGAAGACAGCAACAUUAAGUUCGAUUUGCUAAUCUUGGAGGGAUGGUUCCGACCGAGUAUCGCGUUUUUCUACAAAUUCAAUGUGCCAGUUAUAAGAUUCAAUUCUUUUAAUUCAGUUUUCUCAGAGUAUAAAGAUAUUGGAGUGGUUUCACAUCCUAUAUUGUAUCCUGGGGCGUUUAGCACCAAAUUGACUGGUUAUUCGUUUUCGGAGACCAUAAAAGAGUUGUAUGAUAGUUACUUUUUUACCAAUUUAUACAAGAAUCAGGAUAAAGACAAUGAUAUUCGUUUGAAACAAUACUUUGGUCCCGGUAUUCCCAGUUUGAGUGAGUUGAACGAGAAUGUAAACAUUCUCAUGGUGAACAUGCAUAGUAUUUGGGAAAUGAAUGUGCCGACCCCACCCAGUGUGGUGCAUGUUAGUGGUAUACAUUUAAAAGCUAAAAAGGAACUGCCUAAGGAUUUUAAGAGUUAUCUUGAUGAUCUGCCAAAUGAUGUGAUAUACAUAAGUUUCGGCUCCAUCUCGGAGACAGCGUGGAUAUCUGCAGAACAGUUGCAAAUGAUGGUCAACGUGCUGUCCAGACUGCCCUACCAGGUGAUCUGGAAGUGGAAUGAAGACGGGCUGCCUGGACGCAGUGGGAACAUCAUGAUAUCAAAGUGGUUACCGCAGGAGGCUUUGUUGAAGCAUCCGAAGGUCAAGCUGUUCAUAACUCAAGGCGGUUUCCAAUCAACGCAAGAAGCUAUAGUUGCUGGUGUACCAUUGCUUGGGAUGCCGCAUAGAGUAGACCAAUUCGUUAACGUCGAGAAUUACAUCCGAUUAAAAAUAGGCCGGAGAUUGGAUAUGAAGAUGUUAACAGAAGAACGAUUUGAAGACUCUAUUAAUACUCUGAUAAAAGACAAAAGCUACCGCCAAAAUAUUCUGCAAUUAAGCUUACUGCUGCACGACGAGCGCCUGCCGCCGCUGGCGCGCGCCGUGUGGUGGACGGAGCACGUGCUGCGGCACGCGGGCGCGCCGUAUCUGCGCGCGCCCGCCGCCAACAUGCACUGGGCGCGCUACUACCAGCUGGACCUGAUCGUGCUCCUCGCCGCGGUUGCGCUCCUCGCCUGCUUCGCUGUUUACAAAGGCGCUAAGAUUCUUCUCAGGCUCGUUUGGAGAAUAUGUGUAAAAUAAAUUUGUUACAAUAAAUUAUAAUAAUUGAAAAAUAGCGAAAUUUUGAAUAAAGAAAUGGUUUAUUUUGGAAAAAAUGUAAGGUCCUUGCAAUCUAAAUACAUAUACAUAGUAUUUUAAAACUCCGCCUUAAGUACCUAUUAUUAUUAUUAUUUUUGUAAUGGUAUAAAUGGAGAAUAAAUAAAUAAAUAAAUGUUUAA